UGGAAAUCCCACGAGCGAGGCGAUAAUCCGGGGCCCCGCAGGGCGCGCGGAGCAGACGGUCAGCGGUGGCGGGCGGGUGCGCGGCGCGCGCCCUGCGUUCGCUGCCGGGUGUCACUCGGCAGCGGCGGUCGCUCCGGGAGUGCCCUGGACCCGUAUCUCCUGCGCCACCGCAAAGACUCGUUGCUUCCCGAGGAAUCCAGCCAAUGCCAUCCAAGUAAACGCGCGCAGAAACCGAGGCCCGGGGUGUGGGAGGCUCCUUGCGGCUGCCAGUCCUCUCCAGGCGACCUGCCCUCGGCUGGGCCGGUUCUCCGCGAGUGCGCGCCGAGGAUCUGGCUCUGGCCGGCGCCUGCCGUCCUUAUAUUCCGCCGGCCGCCCGCAUGGCUAAUGAGAUGCAAAUGAACGGCCCCCCAAUCUGGCGAGAGCUGUCACAAAGGAGCCACUUUUCCAAACCCUCCUCUCAAUGGAUCGCCAAAUGAUCCUUUCCCAGAGUCCAGUUAUGGGUGUGAGAGGUUUGCAGGGGUUUGUGGGAAGUACCUGCCCACAUAUAUGCACAGUCGUCAAUUUCAAAGAGCUGGCGGAGCGCCACCGAAGCAGGCACCCUGGAAGUGCUCCUACUGUCGUGGUAGAUGCCAUGUGUUGUCUCCGCUACUGGUACACUCCAGAGUCUUGGGUCUGUGGGGGCCAGUGGCAAGAAUACUUUUCUGCUUUACGAGAUUUUGUCGACUCUUUUGCAGCUGUUGGCAUCAAGUUGGUAUUCUUUUUUGAUGGUAUGGUGGAACAGGGUAAGAGAAAUGAGUGGGUGAAACGAAGACUUAAAAACAACAGGGAAAUCUCUAGGAUUUUCCAUUACAUCAGGUCACACAGGGAGCAACCAGGCAGAAACAUGUUCUUCAUCCCUUCAGGGUUGGCUAUAUUUACACGGUUUGCUCUGAAGACACUGGGUCAGGAAACUUUGUGUUCAUUGCAGGAGGCAGACUAUGAGGUGGCUUCCUAUGGUCUCCAGCACAAUUGUCUAGGGAUUCUCGGAGAAGACACUGAUUACUUAAUUUAUGACACUUGCCCCUACUUUUCAAUUAGUGAGCUCUGUUUGGAGAGCCUCGAGACCAUCAUGCUCUGUCGAGAGAAGCUCUGUGAGAGUCUGGGCCUCUGUGUGGCAGACCUUCCCCUGCUGGCCUGCCUACUCGGCAAUGACAUAAUCCCAGAGGGCAUGUUUGAAAGCUUUCGGUUCAAGUGCUUGUCUUCCUACACUUCUGUUAAAGAGAACUUUGACAAAAAAGGGAAUAUUAUCUUAGCUGUGUCAGAUCAUAUAUCCAAAGUUCUUCAUUUGCAUCAAGGUGAGAAAAAAUUAGAAGAGAUGUUGCCUUUGGGACCAAACAGGGCUCUUUUUUAUAAAGGAGUGGCAUCAUAUCUCUUGCCAGGACAGAGCUCACCAUGGUUUUUCCAAAAACCCAAAGGUGUAAUAAUGUUGGACAAGCAAGUAAUUUCCAUGAGUUCGGACCCUGAAUCCAAGCAGGGGCUUCCCAUAAGUAUGGAGCCUGAAUCCAAACAAGACAUUCCUGUGUGUACAGAGCCUGAAUCCAAGCAAGAAGUUCCCAUGUGUACAGAUCCUCAAUCCAAGCAAGAAGUUCCCGUGUGUACAGAUCCUCAAUCCAAACAAGAAGUUCCUGUGUGUACAGAGCCUGAAUCCAAACAAGAAAUUUCCAUGUGUACAGAGCCUGAAUGUAAGCAAGAAGUUCCUACAUACAUACACCCUGAAGUCAAACAAAAAUUACCCAGAGAAACAGACCCUGACUUUAAUCUAGAAGUACCUGUGUAUACCCAUCCUGAAAUUAAAGAAGAUGACUCCAUGGAUAUGGAUGCUGGAACAAAACAAGAAAUAACCUUGGUUUCAGACCCUGAAAUCCUAAAGGUGGCCAGGAUGCAUCACGUCCAGGCAGAAAGCUACCUGGUGUACAGCAUCAUCAGUCGUGGCGAGGUCGAGUGCAGCAGCACCCUGGAGGACGAGCUCGACCAGGCCCUGCCCAGCCAGGCCUUCGUGUACCGCCCUGUCCGCCAGCGUGUCUAUGCUCUCCUGCUGGGUGGCUGCAGAGAUGACACCAGCGCUAGCCCGGCUGUCAAGGAGUGGUUCGUGUACCCUGGGAACCCGCUGCGGCACCCGGACCUCGUCAGGCCUCUGCCGAUGACCAUUCCAGGGGGAACACCCAGUCUGAAAUUCCUGUGGCUGAACCAAGAGCCGGCAGUGCAGGCCCGGCGUUUGGAUACACUCCUAGCGUGCUUCAACCUCUCCUCCUCAAGAGAAGAGCUGCAGGCCAUUGAAAGCCCACUGAGAGCUCUGUGCUGCCUCUUGAUCUACCUCUUUGUCCAGGUGGACACACUCUGCCUGGAGGAUCUGCAUGCCUUUGUUGCCCAGGCCUUGUGCCUCCAGGGAAAAUCGGCUGCGCAGCUCAUGGACCUGCAGCUUGAGUACAUCAGCCCCCGAGCUGUGCAGCUGGGGUCCCUCCUGGUCCGAGGCCUCACCACUGUGGCCCUGGUCAAUAGUGCGUGUGGCUUCCCUUGGAAGACAAGUGAGUUCAUGCCCUGGAAUGUGUUUGAUGGGAAGCUUUUCCAUCAGAAGUACCUACAGUCUGAAAAGGGAUAUUCUGUGGAGGCUCUUUUGGAACAAAAUAGAUCUUGGCUCACUAAAUUCCACAACCUGAAGGCAGUGGUCUGCAAGGCCUGCAUGAAGGAGAACCGACGCAUUGUGGGCAGAGGGCACUGGAGCUCACACCACACAGGGAGGUGGGGAAGGCAGGGCUCCGGCUCCCACAGGACAAGCUCUGCGUGCGGCCAUUCUGGGCAAGGACAGCCGUGGAGGGACCAGGGUCCAGGAAGCAGACCCCAUGAGCAGGACCAAUGGAGGAGGUACUAGUGUCCCCGUCUGCAUCCCCAGAAGCGCCAGGAGAAGCCGUCUGCUGCUGGGUCUUGCACAGGCUUCCCAGGGCUCAUGUGCUGCUGGAUCUGUCUCCUGAGUUCAAGACAAGUUUGGCUUCUGCAGUUAAAAUGAGGAGGAUGUAGCUCCUGCCCAGCCUCACCUGCAAGAAGGGAGUGACUGUGGGGCCAGAGUUUCCUUGAGAAGGGAAAACACCCUUUGCCAGCGGCUUCUCCUGUGGGUCUCCUCACGGGUGUGCCGAUCGCACGGCCCAGAGCAGUCAUCGUUCACUUUGGCAUUGUGUGACCAGUAAGUGGGGGUCUUAAGUGCACCCUGCUCUUUAAUUGGACACUAGAUUGUGAGGAUGCUUUCCACAUUGCCGCACAGUGUGGAAAAGUGGUGUCUAACAGCAUGUGGUAUUUCAUGAACUGUUUUCUCAUUGGAAUUCUGACAGGUUUCCAACUCUUUCUUCUCUUGGUUCUUGGAAAUAUUUGAAAGAAAGGAAGAAACAACUGGGCACUGUGGCCACGCCUGUAAUCCCAACAACUCGGGAGGCUGAGGCAGGAGGAUUACGAGUUCAAAGCCAGCUUCAGCAACUUAGAGAGACCCUGUCUCAAAAUUAAAAAAAAAAAAAAAAAAAGACUUUUUUAAAAAUCGGGAGCUGGAGGUGUGGCUCAGCAUUUGUACCAAAAAAAGAAAAGAGAGAAAGAAGAAAGGGAAGGAACAAGUCCACGUGCCCUCCCGCUGGGUCAGGACAGGAGUGGGGCUCAUGGUCAAGUUGCCUUCUCAGUUCUUUCAGCAGUGCAUGGGAGGGCAGGCUGGUUCCCAGUGACCAGAGGGGAGCUGGGCAGUGCCUCCGGGGGAUGAUACACUGGGUGCUCUUCACCUGUGAGUGGUGACGAGCUUUUGUUUUUUCAAAAUGUUUUUAAAUGAAUCCAAGUUCAGAGUAACCCUUUCUACAGGAGAAUUAUCAGAUAACCCCAGAAUUGGAAAUUGGAUCCCCACACACUGGGAGCUUCACCUCUGGGGAGCGGAGGUGGAAAGCACCUGGGUGGGACUGAGAAGACAGCAUCUUAUAACUCAGACUUGCUGCCUGUCUCCACUGGGGCCUGAGAGCUGACCGCCCCUGCCGGGGUCCCUCCCAGGCCACAGCGCAGCUCUGGAGAUGCUUGAUUCUCUCAGGAAACACUCCCUUCUGGUUCCUGGAAGACACACCCUUCUGAUUGCUGCUGGGUUUAAGCUCAAAACAAGCCCCCAGGCACACUGACCCCCAGGUUCCCCUCUGCACCUGGUGGAGGACCCUGCCCAGCAGCUCCCUGGGCUCAGUGCCCUGCUUAUCUUGUACUCAGCAGCGCAGGAUGUGGGCUCCAAACUUCUGUGCACAUCUGUACUUCUUAGGUCUGAAAACCCAGGCGCCCCUUGGUCCAGCUCACGGCUGAGGGUGUUCAGAGGUGGUUGUGCUUCACUCAAGCCCAUCACAGCAUCUACGGCUCUGCUUCCUGGCUGUGGGGAUGGGCGUUGCCCACUCUGUGGGUGCUACACACCUGAGUACCCCCCUCCUGCCCGUUCUCUGUUGCUCCUUGGAAACCACAGCUGCCUCUAGAAAUCCUCUUUCUUUGCUGCUUAUGUGUGUUUCUGUGAAGUAAAUUUCUCGCCCCUUAGACUGAGAAUGGACUUCUGAGAAAGACAUUUCCCUUCAUAAUACCUAAAUUCUGACUUGUCAAUAAAGUAUUUGUUCAGUUCACAAGCUUAAGUUAUCUGUUGUGUUCAUGUGAACCUCAUUCCAUUUGAACACCAAUGCGCUAGGUGUUCUGUAAUCUUAAUGUUGUUUAUAAGUUUUUUCUGAGUCCAGUUUUCUGAUAGAAUCUAUCAAUUUUAAAUUGCAGAGAUUGUUUUGAUUACUCAUAAUUCAUAUUUUUUUAUUUGGAAGACAUUUCAACAUCCAGUUAAUCAGGAUCUUUGUGAAGAAAGGAAGGCAUUUGGGAGACCUGUGCCCCCAUGGACAGGCACAGGCAGACCUCCCGGGGAGGUGCAGGCACUGGACAGGCCUGUGUGUCUGGAGUGGGCUGAGACUGCAUUUCCUGCAUUUGUAUUAUUGAGAAAGUGUCCUCUAGAGUCAAGUGAACUUGUUUAGGACCAGAGGUGUUCAGAAACAUUUCUUUACCUAAUAUUCCACAAAUGACACUCUGCCACUGCAUGGGCGGUGUUUGGUUUGGAUGUGAGGUGUUCCCCAAAAGCUCACAUGUGACACAAUGCAAGGUGUGGAGGAGAAAUGGCCGGUUCAUAGCCUUGACCUAAUCAGUGAAUUAGUCCUUGAUGGGAUUAACUGAGUGGUGGCUGGAGGCAGGUUGGGCGUGGCUUCGGGUAUAUAUUUUGUAUCUGGAGGGUGGACUCUUUCUCGGCUUUCUGAUGAUGUGAGCUGCUUCCUCUGCCACGCUCUUCCGCCAUGAUUCAAGCCCAGAGGAAUGGAGCCAGCCUUCUGUGGACUAAGACCUCUGAAACCGUGAGCCCUCAAAUAAACUCUUUCUCCUGUAUAACUGUGCUGGUUGGGUCCUUUUAAUCACAGCAAUGAAAAAGCUGACUAAAACAUGGUCAUAUGUGUCUAUUUGCGAAAAUUGAUGUAAAUAGAGGGCAUGUUAUCAUAUGUAUCCAAAAUUUUGACUGAUGCUGUCAAAUUACGUUCAGACACAGAGGUGCCCUUGUGCUCUGUCCUCACUUGUCAGUCACUGCUGGGUGCAGAUGGCCAGCCACCUGUGCUUGCCACUCUCCUGCAGCCUUUGGACUGGUGUCACUGUGCGUCACCCAGAACUGAAUGUGAGACCACUGAGGUGGUCUCUGUCCACCAGCCAUGCCUGGGCUCCCGCCUGUGGCUCCUGCCUGGGGAAUCUGCCUGCAAAGGCUGGUUAGUCAUCUUCUCAGUGUGGCUUCUGGAUUCUCAGGACACGUGUCUCCAGAGCAGGAGAGCCCGGCAGCAGACCCGGCACCCACAUAAUCCUGCCUCAGAAGUCCCGCAGCAUCUCGUCCCUGCCCUCCUGUCCCCUAGGAUCAGAACAGGCCUGUCCACAUUCAGGAGAUGAAGCCGACACUGGCUGCAGGGAGCAGGUUCUGUGGCCAGCCUCCCAGUCGUCCCCUCACACUCAGCAGCAGACUGAAUCUCGCGCCAUCCCGCUGCUGCCCACCUGCCUUGCCGCUGCCCUUCAGCCUCCUCAGGACUUCGGCUCUCCGCCCUCGUGACCUCAGCUCCAGACACUUCUCUGUAUUUCGCGCUGGUGGCCCAUCAGCCCGUCCCUCGUACCUUUCCGAGAGGAACGGGUACUCUAGCAAAAUGAGCUCUUCGUUUAGCAAGAAUGCAAGGAGUAAGCAAAGUCAGUAAAAUGUACAGUUAUUGCCAGGCAGUUACUAACUAAAAGCAAAUUAAGCAAAAAUAAUUGGAAACCAAAGUCCCAGGUUGUCACAAGGAAAGUGAUUAGUGUUUCUGGGUAAUGUGGUAAAAAGGCAUACUAUUUGUCUUAUUCAGAAGCUAGGUUCUGUCAGAUCCGAUGUAUACUAAGAUGUAUGCUACAGUGUGUCUAAAAUGUAGGAAAAUACAAGUUUUUUAAGAGGACAGUCAUAGUUUUUAAUCUUUAUGCUGGAAUCAUAAGUCAAAAUUUUAAGUAAAUACAAGGAGAAAUAGAUAUAAUGUUUAAUGCACAUUUCUCUCAGAAAUCAACGUGUCAGGUAGACCAAGAAUAAUAAUAAAGAAUGAUGACAUUUGAACAAGUCAGUGGUCAAGUUUGCUUUA